GCAGAAAUGUCUGAUGAAAACGUUCACAAGGCUGGUUUCACUUCCUCUGGGAUUGCAGGAGGAUCUCUUGCUUCAUCGAUGAUGUCCCAGGAAGCGAGAUCAUCUGGGGGAGGCGUGCGUUCUGGAGGUCCUACUUCUACUCUCCAAGGAAUGGGUGCCAGAGGCUCAACCCAUUCAACUGGCUUUACUGACAGUGGGAUCUCUGGGGGAUCCCAGGCUGCCCAUAUGAUGUCCCAGGAGGCCAGAUCUCACGGAGGUGGAACUCCCAGGGGUGGAACAACUUCCACUGUCCAGUCCAUCUCAAUGGGAGGAAAAGGAGGAAGACACUGAAUAGAAGAAAAGCUCUGAAGUAAACUCUGAAUAAAAGCAGGAGCAAGAUCCACAGGCAUUUCAUCUUUUAUUGACA